AGUAAAUGGAGGACCGAUUUUACCACUCUAUCUGGUGGUAGCUUUAUAAUAGAAACAUUUUAUUUGUGUACGACUGAUCUGAGGGGGUAAACAGUGUUCGGAGAUUGGACUGGUCGUUGCGUGCAUUCACUAGUUGACAUGUCUUGCAUUAUCGGUAAGAUUCCACACAGGCCUUGGUCGACGUGCGUAACACGAGUUGUUCCAUUUUCUUACCAUGGUCAUAAAAUCCAAUCAGUAUCGAACGUUUCUCAACAAGCGACUUUUCAAAGAAUACAUGCAGUAAACCACUGUUGCUGUAAAAGAGUUACCAAUGUGUUUCACUCUGUUGGGUCAUGGAAUGGGAUUUCUGUUCGAUAUCAACACAGCCCUCCGAGUAAUCAGAAAACUAAAAGUGAAAAUGUUAUGAACGUUUUCGAUAGAAAUACAAAGCGCAAGCAGAAAAACAGAGCCGCUGUGAUGAAAGAUAACCAUGUUUAUGAUUAUAUCAGAGAUGAGGUAGCUUUCAGGAUGACUGACCGACUUCGAGAUAUAGUAAGAAAAUUUCCAGUUGCUCUUGACCUUGGUUGCGGGAAAGGUCAUAUAGCUCAAAAUAUUAUGGAUGACAUGGUUGAUACACUUUACCAAUCUGAUAUGUCUGCAGAGAUGUUAGAAAGAAGUCAUGUAUGUGAGAAUGUUCAAACUAUUAAAAUUCAUUGUGAUGAGGAAAAUUUGCCAUUCAAAGCCGAAUCUCUGGAUUUAGUCAUAAGCAGUCUCAGUUUACACUGGGUGAAUGACCUUCCAAGGGCUCUUCGUCAGAUUCAAAGUUCACUUAAAAAAGAUUCUCCAUUUAUCGGUUCUAUGUUUGGUGCUGAUACAUUAUUUGAACUAAGAUGUUCAUUGCAGCUAGCAGAAAUUGAAAGAGAAGGGGGAUUUGCUCCUCAUAUUUCACCGUUUACUGACAUCCAAGAUAUUGGCAAUCUGUUAAACAGAGCAGGAUUUAACCUCCUUACGGUAGAUGUUGAUGAGAUUGUUGUAAGUUACCCUUCUAUGUUUGAAUUGAUGCAAGAUCUGAAAGGAAUGGCAGAAAACAAUGCAUCAUGGUCUAGAAAGUUGUUACUACAUAGAGAAUCAAUGAUGGCAGCUGCAGCUAUAUAUAAAGAAAUGUAUGGAAAUAAAGAUGGUUCAAUACCAGCAACUUUUCAAAUUUUGUAUAUGAUUGGCUGGAAGCCUGACCCAUCACAGGCACAACCAGCAACAAGAGGAUCAGCAACCGUAUCACUGAAAGAUUUAGAGAGUAUCAACCAAAUGAAAUUUGAUGAAUGAAACAAGUGACAACUGACAAUUAGAUGUUUGUGACUAGUUUAUUAUUUAGCUUGUGAUGCAGCAUGUGAUGCAGCGGUGAUGCAGCUUUAAGCCAUCUUUAAGAUACAAAUACAUGUACAGAAGAUUUAUUAUAAGCCUCUUCAAAGUGAUAACAUAAUUAAUUGGAAGAUCAUCUUAAUAUAUCGAGUGAAAGGUAGUUGACAUGUGGCAAUAAGAGUUGCAGUAGUCUGGAAACACAGCUUAAAAACAUUCCUGGUACAACAGAAUUGUGAGGUUCAACACUCUACAACUUGGGAGGAAUAUCAGUUUGUCGGGUUGACUGAAUCAUACAUAUUAUGGUAUAUAGGUGUACUACUCGUGUAUCAAAUAUAUUAUUAUAUAACAGAUGACUUGUACCAUAGCAUGAACAGGAUACCGUGGAAUUUGGAAAUUUGUAAAUUUCAAACUGACCUUUGUGUUUUUUGUGUUCAUUUACAUACGUAUUCUGAUACUACAUUACCCAAAACUACUUGUUAUAUUGAAUCACUAGCAUGAACU